AUGAUUCGUACUCUUAUCAUACUCGCAAUUUUCAUCAUCGUAAGCGAAUCGGCCGUCCCGAAGCCUCUUCCAGUAACGUACACAAAGCAGAAAAAAUAUUCGGCUUGUCAGGAUUACUGUGCAGGACAAUCGAUCUCAACGAGUACAGGUUUUGACUUUAAAAAGGCAAAAUGGACAUUAUGCAAUUGUCCGAUUGGGCAAGGAUCGCAUGUUUGGCAAGCCACUCCGUGCUUUGAUCAAUGCGUGGAGCGAUGUGUGACGACGUUGGGAGUUUGUUCGACCAAAUUCACGUUGAACCUCUUGUAUCGCGGAGAAUGUUGCACAACUGCGAACCGCAAUGCGACAAUUAAACAAGAUUGCUUUGCUGAAACGGGUGGCGCCUGUUAUUGUAAUCAACAAUGUGGUGGUGGUGGUGGUGGUGGGCCGAUUGGAGGACCGAUUGGAAAGAGA